AUGGGUCUGCUCAGUUCUGGCGUCCCGGAUACGCCUGCAGCACGGGUGGCAACGCCUGUUCCGACCCGAGGCUCUGGCGGCGGCGGCGGCGUCAGCGGUAUGGGCGGCAGCCGUGGCUCGGGCAGCGGUGGUGGCGGCUCGGGCUGCGGCGUCGGCAAUGGCGGUGGCGAGGGCAGUGGCGUCGGCGGUAGCGGUAGCGGUGGCUCUGGCUCCAAACGGGUCAGCCUUCCUGGGGGUGCUGGUGGUGCUUGCCUUCUUGGUCCUCUUGCUGGUCAUGGGGGUUGCAUCUUCUUUGGGGAUUCCUUGCUCUCUUGCUGGUACAUCAACGUCGACAGUUAUGGAGUUUGUAGAGCAGAUUUGGCCACCCCAUGCUGGGCGGAAUCCUCUGUUUCCCCUGUUUCUGACUUGCCAUUCUGCUGGGUCAGGUAG